UAUAUAUACUGUGCUGUAUUCCUGGGGAUCAUAGUCGCACUUGACUGCACUCGACAACCCAUCCCCAACAACAAUGGCCUUUAAGUUGGUCGUCUUCUCCUGCCUUGUAGCCUGCGCUAAGGCUAGCGUGGCCCCAGUAGCAGUAGCUGCUCCCCUCGCAGCGGCGCCCGUGGUCGCUGCGGCGCCAGUAGCGGCGCGACUCGAGGAAUUCGACCCUCUGCCGCAGUACCGCUUCGGAUACGAUGUGGCGGACUCACUCACCGGCGAUUACAAGAGCCAGACGGAGCAGCGCGACGGCGACCUGGUGCAGGGCCAGUACUCGCUGGUCGACUCGGAUGGCACGCGUCGCGUCGUAGAUUACUCGGCCGACUCAGUAAACGGGUUCAACGCUGUCGUGCGCAAGGAACCGCUCGUAGCCGCUGCGCCCGCUGUUGUCGCGGAACCCGGCGUCGUGCCCGCGCGCUUCGCCGCUGCUCCAGUGGUAGCCCAGCCCGCCUACGCCCGCUACGCUGUCGCCCCUGCCGCUUACACUGCUCCCGUCGCGAGAGUAGCCGCUUACACCGCCCCUGUGCCUGCCGCUUACACCGCGUCUGUGGCUGCCGCGUACACCGCGCCUGUGGCUGCUGCUUACACCGCGCCUGUGGCUGCCGCUUACACAGCCCCGGUCGCCAGGGUGGCCGCAUAUUCUGCACCGCUCGCGUACAGAUACGCCGCACCAGCACCGGUCGUAGCCGUAUAAGGAUCUGCUCUCAUCGACAAUUUAUUUUACAACUAUGGCCUAUGUUAUUAAACAUUUUUAU